AGUCACGUGACCCUGCCUCGUCCCUCGUCCGUCCACGGUCGUCUUCCUCGUUAGCACAAGGGACGGUUAGCAGCUAACUACGGUACCAUGUUCCGAGCCGUGUUGCGACUGUCCGCCUCAGGGACCCGGAGUCUGGCUCGGUCGCGACCCUGCUACUCAGCUCCCUUGGCCUCCAGAUGGUACUCCCAUGGCAAGGUGGAGACGGACGAGGAGUUCGAUGCCCGUUGGGUCACUUACUUUAGCAAGCCCGACAUAGAUGCCUGGGAACUGAGGAAAGGCAUGAACACUCUGAUUGGGUAUGACCUGGUCCCUGAGCCCAAGAUCCUGGACUCGGCACUAAGAGCCUGUCGCAGACUGGAUGACCUGGCCAGCGCCAUCCGCAUCCUUGAGGCUGUCAAGGAGAAGGCAGGCCCCUGCAAAGAAAUCUAUCCCUACCUGAUCCAAGAACUAGAGCCCACCCUGUCAGAACUCGGCAUCUCAACACCAGAAGAGCUGGGCAUCGACAAGUUAUAGACCGUCAAGGUCAUAUGAUGUAUAAUGAGAUGAGCUCUCCUGAUUCUCUCCUUUCAAAAUGUCUAUAUUGUUGAUUAAAUCCAUGCUGUCCUGUUGUGUACAAAAUGGUGGACCUAAUAAAGAAAACCAAUACGUAAA